AAUAAUAAUUUGAAGCAUUUGAAUUGCAUUUAUUGAAAUGAAAAUUUCUAUAUUCAAUGAAGGUGAUCGCGUACUUUUAGUUGGAGAGGGUAAUUUUUCAUUUUCUCUGGCAUUAUUUAAUCUCAAUUUAAAGAUUGAUAUUACUGCAACAUGUUAUGAAACUACUGUUGAUCAAGAUUUUGGAAAGAAAAACAUAGAAUAUUUAAAAAAUUAUGGUAUUCGUGUAUUAUUAGGAGUUGAUGCAACAAAUUUAAAAGAACAUCCAAUAUUAAAAACAGAAUUAUUUGACAAAAUUAUUUUUAAUUUUCCUCAUAUUGGUGGUAAAAUGCGAAUAGAAAAAAAUAGAGAACUAUUAAAACAAUUUUUUAUAAGUAUAUCAGAAUCAUUAAAAAGUAAUGGUCAAGUAUUAGUUACUUUGUGCAAAGGUCAAGGUGGUACAUCUAUUGACAAUCCACGAAGACGUUGGGAUGAUUCGUGGAAGAUUACAGAAAUGGCAGCACAUGGAAAUUUUAUAUUAACAGCAAUUGAACCAUUUAUAUGGUUAUAUUUCCAAAAUUAUAUAGUAACUGGAUAUCGUAGUUUAAAUAAGCAGUUUCAUUCUGUUGGAGCUUUAACUCAUAUAUUUAUAAAAUCUGAAUCACCAAAUCUUAAUAAUAUUGCUCAAAAAAAAAUAAAUAUUCUAUCAUACAGUAAUGAUAAUUUUUCAUGGACAGAUAUAAAUGACAUUGUAAAUAAUAUAACAGAUAUAAAUGACAUUAAUAUAAACAAAAAUAUAUUUAAAUCAUUUUGUAAAGAAUUUAAAGAACAAGAAAAUAUUUCCAAACCUUUAUAUACAAUAAAACCAAAAGCAAAUAACGAUACAGAAAGGAAUAUUGUUGAUUUGAAGAAAGUAAGAACAAUUGGUGGAAAAGGUGGAGAUGGAAAUAUAUCAUUUUUGCAAUUGUGGGCAAAUGAAAAUGCUGGACCAGAUGGUGGAGAUGGUGGAAAUGGUGGGCAUAUCAUUUUUCAGGCAGCAUUUGAUGUUAGAGAUCUUUCUCAUUUAACUAGUGUUCUCAAAGCUGAAAAUGGUGAAAAUGGUCAUAAUAAAAGCUGCUUUGGAAAAAAUGCAGAACAUACUGUAAUACAUGUUCCUAUAGGUACUAUAGUACGUAAUAUAGAGGGACACAUAAUAGCUGAUUUAAAUCAAAAAGGAAUGAUGUUUAUUGCUGCUCGAGGUGGUGCUGGUGGUCAUGGAAAUGCAUUUUUUAAAUCAGAUGUAUAUCAAAUACCACGUAUAAGUGAAUAUGGUGCAAAAGGAGAAGAUUUUCAAUAUGUAUUAGAAAUAAGUAGUAUGGCACAUGUAGGAUUAAUUGGAUUUCCAAAUGCAGGUAAAAGUACAUUAUUAAGAACAAUAUCUAGAGCUAGACCAAAAGUUGCAGCAUAUCCGUUUACGACAUUAAAACCUCACCUGGGAAUGGUAUUAUAUGAUGAUUAUGAACAAAUUGCAGUUGCUGAUUUGCCGGGUCUUAUACCUGAUUCUCAUAAAAAUAAAGGUCUCGGUAUACAAUUUCUUAAACAUGUAGAACGUUGUAAAAUUUUAUUAUUUAUUCUUGAUAUUACGUCUGAUGAACCAUGGAGAGAUUUUGAAAUUUUAAAAUAUGAAAUCACAGAAUUUAAUGUACAAUUGAACAAAAGAUUACUUCUUAUUGCAGCAAAUAAAAUGGAUUUGCCAGGAACAAUGAAAAAAUUAGAAAUACUAAAGCAAAAAAUUCAUUUACCAAUUAUUCCAAUUUCUGCUAAAAUGGGUACAAAUAUAUCUAUUUUAUUAAAGGAGAUAAGAAUACUAUAUGACAAAGAAGGAAAAAAAAAUAGAAAAGAACACACUGCAAUAUGAAGAUUUUACAUAAUA